AUGCACGCAAAUCACCGCGUGAUUAUCAUAUUCCCUUACUGUUCAUUUCGUAAUCGUCCUACCUGGUCGAGGACGAAAAAAAUGGCUCAAACUUUUCGCGUGGAAUAUUUGAAAAAAGACCUGAUGAAAUUGGAGCCAUAUUAUGCGGAUGAAAUCAUACCGUAUGUCGUAGAACGAAACCGGAACAAACCAAAAGGUAUUGGCCGCCUCGGUGCUUCCCCGACACAUCUGGGAAUGGGGAAAAUUCGAGUUAAAACAUCGUUAGGCAAAUACGCUGUAGAUUUUUUGAACAAGGCAACUGUACACGGAUUAAAUCACCUCGUUGCACCCCACAGACACUUCUUUGAAAGAAUUUUGACAGUUCUCUUCAUCGGUGCUGCCCUUGGUUGUUUGGUUGCAACUUCGCUCUAUUCUUGGUACCAAUACCAACAUAAUCCUACAGCUAUGGUUCUGCAGUUUGAUUAUCAAAAUUUCAACAUCACAAAACCAGCGAUCACUGUAUGCCUCGACGAAGCAGUUGCCAUGGAAAAGUUCCCCAAAGCCUUCAAAAAACACGGAGUCGCAGACACACCUCAGGCAAGGGCCUUUUUCCUUUUCAUUUCAAAUCCAAAUUACUUGACGCUGAAUCAAACUCCGAUGUACACCGGAACACCAUCCAAUAAAUGGAUGGAAAUUGUUCGGGACUUGUACUUUGACCUGGAGCCAAACAAAUGCAACUUAGCGAAUUGCCAAGAUACUUAUUUAACGGAUAUUGUAACCGAAAGGGGUAUGUGCACGACAUUGUUCGGGGCAUACAGUAAUUAUUCAUCUCUAGAUUAUUGGCUAGCCGAUAACUGGACAAUAUUUCCUGAUAGAACCGUGCCCGUCUACCAAUACAUUCAUCGGAAUGACAGGAUUAACUUAAAGCAAAUUCCAAGACCGUACAAAAUGAGCCUUCACCACCCUAGAACGUUGCCAACAUUCAAGAGCUGGUGGAGUCAGUUCACCAAGAUAGAGAUGAUAGAUAUGAAAAUAAGUGUCAAAGAAACGGACAGUUCUGAUACACUAAGAGAACUGAGUCCGGGGCAACGACCAUGUAAUUUUCCAGAGGAUGCCAGCCUUCGGAUGUGGCCACUAUAUACGAGAAACAUGUGCACUCUGGAAUGCAGGUAUAAUUUGAUCAAAAAGAAAUGUGGGUGUUAUCCACAUUUUGCAAGACCGAUGCCGGGGACUCCAACUUGUAAUGUGACGCAAUUACACUGCAUUGGAAAUAAUUCCCUGCAGAUAAUUUCGUUGAAGCUCGAUGGAGUCAAUCUUUGCUCAUGCCCGGAGGACUGUAAUACGUCCCAUUACGAAAAAGUUUACUCGAACGAAGUCAACCUGGGCCAAGCAAGCAUAACGUUAAUGGAUAGACCGGUGAACAUUGAUGUGGAAUUUCCCUUUGUCAAAUUACAGUACCAAAUCUUCUUUGGGUUCAACGACUUUUUGGUUUCAGUCGGAGGAGCAGCUGGGCUAUUUCUUGGUGCCAGCAUAAUAUCCUUCAUCGAAAUUCUCUACUACAUUACACUGCGGCUCUUCUGUUACAGCACUAGUAUUCGUAAAUACAGAACCGAGUAAUUCACUCUUUAA